AUGACAGAAGAGGCAGUGAACCCAAAAGCUUACCCUCUGGCCGAUGCGCAACUCACGAUAACAAUACUCGAUCUUGUGCAACAAGCUGCCAACUACAAGCAACUCAAAAAGGGUGCUAAUGAAGCCACCAAGACACUGAACAGAGGCAUUUCUGAGUUCGUUGUCAUGGCCGCAGACACUGAGCCUCUUGAGAUUCUUCUCCAUCUUCCUCUGCUUGCUGAGGACAAGAAUGUUCCCUAUGUAUUCGUCCCAUCAAAACAGGCACUUGGGCGAGCAUGUGGUGUCACACGGCCAGUGAUUGCAUGUUCUGUAACAACUAAUGAAGGAAGUGAACUGAAAUCCCAAAUUCGGCAACUAAAGGAUGCUAUUGAGAAGCUUUUAAUCUGA